ACAUUGUUACACGUGUUGAAGAAGAACAUUUGUGGGAAUGCAAGCAAUUGGGGGCACAUUCUCCACAUGUUCUGCUCAGUACUUUGAUGUUUUUCAAUACAAAACACUUUAAUUUGACUACUGUUGAGGAGCACAUGCAAUUAUCAUUUUCGCAUAUCAUGAAGCAUUGGAAGCGUUCGGCGCAAGCUACCAAAGCACCAGGCACACGUAAUGUCCUUCUACGUUUUUAUCCGCCGCAAGCUGGACUUGAAGCUAAUCCUCGUAAAAAGAAAGUGUAUGAACAGCAAGAGAACGAAGAAAAUCCUCUGCGUUGCCCUGUUCGUUUAUACGAAUUUUAUCUUUCAAAAUGUCCUGAAAGCGUUAAAACUCGUAAUGAUGUCUUUUAUUUGCAACCAGAACGUUCCUGUGUGCCGGACUCACCUGUCUGGUAUUCAACGCAAGCCCUUAGUAAAGAAUCAUUACAGAAAAUGUUACAUCGCGUUAAAAUGGUCAAGGAGAUAAACAUUGCGCUCUUGACUAGCUAAUCUAGCAAUUGUUUUAACAUCUCUCACAUUCACACACAAUCAAAUUUAAUGCAAAAAUCUACAUAUAACAGAAACAAUCCAUAAUGAUAAAUGCUUUCAUUGUGUCAGUCGCUACAAGCGUUAGCAGUAAAGCAAAUAAUUCUUUUGACUUUAAAACGUAAUAUUUAAAUGCAAUAAGCAAAUAUAAAAUUCGCUAAUACGAAUUAAUAUAUUAAUAGUUUGACAGUGACAUGUGUAUUUAUUUUAGAAGUCACAGACUAAGGCUUAGCUACAUUUUUAUUGUGUAAAUUUUAAACUAUAACCUGAACUUAAUUAAAUAUUAUGUAUUGUUUUUCGAACUAAUUUUCAACAAAUUAUUGCCACACAAAUUUCAUUGCAGUAUAUCAAAUUAAAAUUUAAAAUAUAAUAUAAAAAAAUUAUGAUGAAUUAACUGUAUAGUCUAAGAUUAGAUUAAAGCAUGAUUUAUAAAAUUCAAUUUGUUUUGUACAUUUUCAAAUAUUAAAACAAAAACAAAAAUCACAAAAAAAAUCCUUACAUUGCAAAACAUAUAAAAUUAAUUACAAUAUAAAAAACUAUCUAAAUUGACUAUACUUUUAAAAUCCGUACUCUAUUAUUAUGGACGUUGUUAAAUGUUUUAUAUCUAAAAUAAUUUUUUUUUAUUUAAAUUGAAUUGUAAUAAAACAA